AUUUCCCGCCAAAACACGAGUUCUUCCCGCCAUUUUCGACCCCAAAACAAAAUGGCCUCAGAUUCUGAAAUCCCAAAUUCGCACCAACAAAAUCGGAGUUAAACAUCGCCGCCGUCGAGGUCAAUAUCUUUUCACUUUUCAAUUUUCAGUCAAUGGCGGACGAGCAGCCGUCGGCAAGUAGUCGGCGGAGGAGCCGAGGAUCUGAGGCAGCUACUCGCCUUCAGGCUCUGGAACGUCUAAGAGCCAUCCGCAGCGGCGGCCGUCGAUCGGAAGCUGGUGGUUUCCAAGUUAAGUUAGAGAACCCCAUAUACGAUACGAUUCCCGAAGAUGAGUAUGAAUCUCUCGUUGCAAAACGCCGAGAAGAAGCCCGAGGGUUCAUUGUUGACGACGACGGUCUUGGGUAUGGAGACGAAGGCGAGGAAGAGGAUUGGUCCAAAGCUGGAGUCCAUUCCUCCGAUGAGUCCGACGGCGAGCUCGAGAAACCUAAAAAGAGGAAAACAGAGAAGAAAGAGGCGCAGCCGAAGAAGCCCUCUUCUUCAUUAUCGGCGGCGGCGGCUAUGAUGGGGAAACAAAAGCUUUCUUCGAUGUUCACUUCGUCGAUCUUCAGGAAAGCGAAUAGAGACGAUAAGGCUAAAGGGUCGGCUUGUGACAGUAUCGUCGAUGAUGUAAUUGCCGAAUUUGCGCCGGAUGAGACUGACAGAGAGAGGCGUAGAAAGGGGCAGAUUGGAGCUAUGCCGAUUUCGAGGACUUUUGCGCCUAUUCCUGCUGUGAAGUGCGAGGGAUUAACUGCCCCAAGUCUUAAUUUAAUCGGUGGAUCUGAAUUGAUUAAGGAUACUGAAAAUGGGAACUUUGGAAUGACCAGGGUUAUUACAGAUACUGAUAUGGAGCCUGUGCGAGCUGGUAUAGAGGUCCAGGGGAAUGGUGAAAGUAGUAAGGGAAUUGAGGAAAAGGAGGAGUUAAAUGCUCAAAUCAGUCAGGAUCCGAUUGUGCAAUCACAUAAUUCUUUGAAGGAAGAUGUAAUUGAAGAUAAUAUGCCUAUUAUGGUUGAAACAAAGGCAGAACCACUAUCGAAGCAGGAGCCGGUCUGUACUCUCAAUGCUAAGAUUAAUGAAGAAAACAACCCGGCUUUGAGUGCUACUGUGGGUUGGCAAGCAGUGAGGAGCGAAGGUAGCGAAAAUGCUGAUUCUGCUGCAGAAAUUUCUGAAGAGAAAUCAGAUUUUGAUAUUGACACAGAUGGCUCUCUGCCUUUCUAUAUAAUCGAGGCGCAUGAGGAGCUCUUUGGUGCAAAUUCGGGUACUGUAUAUCUAUUUGGCAAGGUCAAAGCUGGAGAUAUGUACCAUAGUUGUUGUGUGGUGGUAAAAAACAUGCAAAGAUGCGUAUAUGCUAUUCCAAGUGCCUCUUUACUUCAUUCGGACGAGAUGUUGAACCUUCGAAACGAUGCUAAGCAGUCUCAGUUUUCUCCUGCAGAUCUGCGUACAAAGUUGCAAGGAGUGACUUCAGGACUAAAAAACGAAAUAGCCAAUCAGUUAUUAGAUCUCAAUGUUUCAACAUUUAGCAUGACUCCGGUUAAGAGGAAAUAUGCAUUUGAGCGUUGUGACAUACCUGCGGGAGAAAAUUAUGUGAUUAAGAUCAAUUACCCAUUUAAGCACCCCCCACUUCCUGCUGAUCUGAAAGGAGAAUCAUUCUGUGCCCUCUUAGGAACGCAUCGCAGUGCCUUAGAGCUCCUCCUCAUUAAAAGGAAAAUAAAGGGCCCCUCCUGGCUGUCAAUUUCAAAAUUUUCUUCCUGUACUGGUUCUCAACGAGUGAGCUGGUGCAAGUUUGAGGUGACAGUUGACUCUCCAAAAGAUGUUCAACUUUCAACUUCGUCAAGUGUCAAAACUUUGGAGAUUCCUUCUCUGAUUGUCAGUGCAAUAAAUAUAAAAACCAUCAUUAAUGAAAAGCAGAAUGUCAAUGAAAUUGUGUCUGCAUCUGUUAUAUGCUGUCAAAGAGCAAAGAUUGACGGUCCCAUGUUGGCCACAGAAUGGAAAAAACCUGGUAUGCUUAAACAUUUUACUAUCAUCCGUAAGCUUGAUGGAGGCAUAUUUCCUAUGGGAUUUAAUAAGGCUGCAUCAAAUGUUUUAAUCUGCGAGAGCAGUGAAAGGGCCUUGUUGAAUCGAUUAAUGGUUGAAUUAUUCAAAUUGGAUAGUGAUGUGCUGGUUGGACACAACAUCUCUGGAUUUGACCUAGAUGUUCUUCUCCAUCGAGCCCAGUUUUGCCGAGUACCAAGCAGCAUGUGGUCCAGAAUAGGUCGCCUUAAGCGAUCUGUUAUGCCUAAACUUGGAAAAGGAGGGAGCAUUUUUGGGUCUGGAGCAAGUCCAGGAGUCAUGUCUUGCAUUGCUGGUCGACUAUUAUGUGAUACAUACUUGUCUUCCCGUGACCUACUGAAAGAGAUUAGUUAUUCUUUGACAGAACUAGCAAAGACUCAGCUUAAUAAGGAUCGCAAGGAGGUUACUCCACAUGAGAUUCCAAGAAUGUUCCAAGCAUCAGAGUCUCUCAUGGAGCUGAUUGAAUAUGGAGAGACAGAUGCAUGGUUGUCAUUGGAACUCAUGUUUCAUCUCAGUGUUCUUCCUCUUACUCGUCAGCUAACUAAUAUCAGUGGUAAUCUCUGGGGAAGAAGUCUACAGGGUGCUAGAGCCCAAAGAGUAGAGUAUCUCUUACUUCAUGCAUUCCAUGCCAAAAAGUAUAUUGUCCCCGACAAGACUUUAUCUUAUAUGAAGGAAAAAAAGAUCGUAAAAAAGAGAAUGACUCGUGGUUCUGAGGAAAAGCAUACUGAUGAAUUUGAUUUAGAUGAUGCAAAUGUAGAAUUUGCUCCCAAUACUGAAAGUGGAAAAGGCAAAAAGGGAUCCUCCUAUGCAGGUGGGUUAGUCUUGGAGCCAAAACGAGGUUUAUAUGAUAAAUAUAUAUUACUCUUGGACUUCAACAGUCUGUACCCUUCCAUCAUUCAGGAAUAUAAUAUUUGCUUCACCACCGUAGAAAGACCUCCAGAUGGUGUUUUUCCUCGUCUGCCAUCUAGUAACAUGACUGGAGUUCUUCCCGAGUUGCUAAAAAAUUUGGUUCAACGGAGAAGAAUGGUAAAGUCAUGGAUGAAAAAUGCAUCUGGUCUCAAGCUCCAGCAACUUGACAUUCAACAGCAGGCACUAAAGCUUACUGCAAACAGUAUGUAUGGAUGUUUAGGCUUUUCUAAUUCAAGGUUUUACGCAAAACCACUAGCAGAGCUCAUUACUUCACAAGGAAGAGAAAUACUGCAGAGCACUGUUGAUUUUGUACAGAAUAAUUUGAACCUAGAGGUAAUUUACGGGGAUACUGAUUCAAUAAUGAUCUAUAGUGGACUGGAUGAUAUCAGCAAAGCGAAAGCAAUUGCAGCAAAAGUUAUACAAGAGGUCAACAAAAAAUACAAGUGUUUAGAAAUUGAUCUCGAUGGUCUGUACAAGAGAAUGCUGCUUCUGAAGAAAAAGAAAUAUGCAGCUGUAAAGUUGCAGUUCAAGGAUGGAAUGCCAUAUGAGGUUAUUGAGCGCAAGGGUCUUGAUAUGGUUCGCCGUGACUGGAGUUUAUUAUCGAAGGAAUUAGGUGAUUUCUGCUUGAGUCAAAUAUUGUCUGGAGGGUCAUGUGAUGAUGUUGUUGAGUCAAUACACGACUCUCUUAGGAAGAUACAAGAUGAUAUGAGGAAAGGGCAAGUAGCACUUGAGAAAUAUAUCAUCACGAAGACAUUGACUAAGCCACCUGAAGCCUAUCCUGAUGCCAGAAACCAACCACAUGUUCAAGUUGCACAAAGGUUAAAACAAAUGGGUUAUUCUACUGGCUGUUCUGUUGGUGAUACGAUCCCAUAUGUAAUUUGCUGUGAGCAGGGAUCUACUUCUGGUGGUUCUACAGGCAUUGCUCAGCGGGCUAGACAUCCUGAUGAACUUAAAAGAGAAGAUGGAAAAUGGAUGAUUGACAUCGAUUACUACCUAUCACAGCAGAUACACCCUGUGGUCUCUCGUCUAUGUGCCUCGAUUCAGGGCACAAGUCCAGAACGAUUGGCUGACUGUCUGGGGCUUGAUUCAUCAAAGUUCCAAAUCAAAUCAAGUGAAGUUUCCAGCAGUGAUGUCUCCUCUUCCCUCGUGUUUUCCGUUAGUGCGGAGGAAAGGUAUCAGGGUUGUAAACCACUGGUAUUAACUUGCCCCAAGUGUUAUUGUAUUUUUGAAGUUCCUACUAUAUUCAGUUCUAUAUACAAGUCAACAUAUGGAAAGCAAGAAAGUCCAAUUGUUGAUGAACCUACAAGAAAUUUUUGGAGUAAUUUGAAAUGUCCAAAAUGCGAGGAUUUGUUAUGGGUCCCUGACGAAGCUAAUGCGAGUAGGGGUGGAAUGACUCCUGGAAUGAUUUCCAACCAGGUAAAAAUACAAACAGACAAGUUCAUUGCAAAGUAUUAUCAUGGCUUAAUGAUGUGCGACGAGGAAACAUGCAAAUACUCCACACGUACUGUCAAUCUUCGACGUGUGGGCGACUCCCAGAGAGGAAUUCCCUGCCCAAAAUAUCCUCAGUGCGACGGGCGUCUCAUAAGAACGUACACUGAAGCGGAUUUGUGGAAGCAGAUUUGUUAUUUUUGUGACGUGUUGGAUACUGAACGCUGUAUGGAAAAGCUGGAGAUUCAUACCAGGGUAACUUUAGAAAAAGAAAUGGCAAAAAUUCGACAAUUGGUCGAGUUAGCUGUAUCAACAGUUAAAACGAUUCGAGAUCGUAGCGCAUAUGGUCAUUUGAAGUUGGAGGAUAUUGCAGUUACAGUUUGAGUUUGCAUAUGGCACCAAGUUAGGCAUCCUAGAUACUCAUUCUUUUACCUUCUCUCCAUUGUAUAUAUUUGUCAUAUGGAUGAAUACUGUAAUAGGAAAUCAGGUGGAAUUUUCAUUCUUGUCUUCCACCAUUUGAGUUGUUAUAUUAUAUGUAACUUUGGUUAUUAUACAAGUAAUUAAUUUACCUAUGUUUCCACAAAUUGGUGGGAAAAUGAUGUAAAAUUGAAUGUCUUAAAUAAAUAAGGCAUUUAU